AUCUACAAGCAGUUUUUCGCCAAAUCCUCGACACAACCAUGACCUUGAAGCGCAAGGUCACGGAUGAGGACAAUUCCCCCACUACAAAAAAGUCUCGAAUAGGUGCUGCGGCGGACAUCCCGGAGCUGGACUACGCUUCUGACGAUUCAGCUGACUGGAAGGUCAACUACACCGAUAAUGGGAAACCGAGGGCAGAGAGCGAAGCCCGCCGGCAGUGGAACUAUGUCUGCCCUACGUGCUCCCAACGAUUCAACCGACCAUGCCGUCUCGAAACACACAUGCGAAGCCAUAAUAAGGAACGGCCAUUUGCUUGUACCGAAUUAGGAUGCGAUAAGACGUUCCCUCGCAAGGAUCAUCUGCAGCGCCAUCUGAAAAAUGCUCACAGCGACCCGGAAACCGAACGAACAUUUGUAUGCGAUUGGAAGGAUUGCGGGAAAAGCUUCACAUCCAAUGGCAGGCUACAAAGGCACAGGGGUGUUCAUGAGUCCAAAUUCUACUGCACUGAAUAUCCACCGUGCAGUGAAUCAUUCAGAAAGGCAAAGGUACUCGAAGCACAUGUCAAGAGUCAGCACCUUGGAGUCAAACCAUAUGUCUGUGCCCAUGUAGACGAGAAAACAGGUCAGAAGUGUGCAAGCGGGUUCCAGACUGAGGGUGCAUUGCAACGGCACGUGCAUAAAGCACACAACGAGAUGCAAGAGCAAGGCCAUUUCUGCAUGUUAUGUGUGGGCACAGAUGGCGAAGGCAAGGUGCAGACAGAGUCUGCAGACUCAAUACAACUACCAUCAUUUGCAACCAAAGAAGAGUUGGAGGCACAUACAACCGAGUGUCAUCCACCGGUAUGCACGGAAUGCGGCCAGAAAUUCAAGAACGCAUCUACACUUAAAGCACAUUUCGACACUGUCCAUGGCGACCCACAAGAACAGCCACAGUACCCAUGCCCGAGGCUGGGGUGUGAGAGUGUAUUCAACCGAAAGCACAACCUCACAGUGCACAUUCAAAGUGUUCACGACAGGCAAUUCAAAUAUGUGUGUACAGCAGAAGCCGUGCAAAACUCCAAACACGCAGACCUCAAGUCCUGGAACGGAGAAGAUGCAUGUGGAGCUUUGUUCAAAGCAAAGUCCUCGCUAGACCAGCACAUCCGAAAACAACAUCUUGGCCUUGGCAACCGCAAGGAGCGGCGACAAGCCGCCAAAUCCAAGAAGAAACCAGCAGCAUCGAUGCUCACCAUGCUCACCGGCGUGGGCUACGAAAAGGACCGGGAGGUGCCUUGUCUCGUCAAAAACUGCGCUUACCGCUUCUACCUUGAUCGCGAUCUCCGCCGCCACCUGCGCGCCGAGCACAACAUGCAGGACGAAGAAAUCGAAGAAAGGAUUCUAGAGCGCGAUGCCACGACUGGCGGCCAGUUCUGGAUCGGUGGCAUUGAUGCAUCGACGAAUUUCUGGGUCGAUUCGGCGACGCCCAGUAUGCCAGAGACGCCCGGCCCGUAUUUCACUAAUAGUACUACUACGCCUGUGCUGCCUUGUCUUGAGCCUGGUGCCAAGGGCUUGCAUGAUUUGGGGAGUGGAGGAGGCGUUUUCAACCAGCAGUUUGAUCACCUUUCGCUUGCUAAUGAAGAGGCGGAGAUGGAUCUGGGGAUGGGGCUGGGCGGUUUGCCGCCAGCUGUUGAUGUUCAGGGAGAGCUUCAGUGGGAUAUGCUUGCACCGGUGGAGCAGUAUAAUAGCGACGUUACUCGCGGUUAGGUACCUGUGGGAUUCUGACAGUUGCUUUUCAGUCUCACCCGAACUUGUUGUCAUGAUGGAAGCAUGAAGAUAUGUUUAAUGACACGUAGAGAUACCCCUGUAGACGGUUUUAAAUGAAGUUGUAUGAAUAUGCGU